GCUGAGCAUUUCGCUGACGCUGAGAACAUCUUGCUCUGCUCUAAGCGAUGAACUGGACAUAGCAUGUGCAAUAGUCUACUGCUGGUAUCUGGACUCGUGGGUGAGUGGCUUCUGCGAACAUCAAUAAUGAAGGGGAACAAGCCACCUUUCCUUCAAGUUGAUGAAUCCCAACGACAGCUGGUACCGGCGCGGGACCAUAAUGCUGUGACCACUGCAUCCAUCAUCGGGGAUUAUCUACACUUAUGAUUGUCGAAAAAAAGACGUACAGUCAUCACAGGUGGCCGCAACGGCAUCCUAUCUGAUACAGGCAAUUCCUUUGCUUAGACGCACCAUAGCAGGGUAUGUUUCCGCGUGCCAGCAUGCAUAGACCUCUACACCGACGCGCCGGUCAUCACUUUGGGCGGCAUACGUAGCGGGAUACAUAUAAUGCGCAUUGCUGAUAUAAUUAUACCCUGUGGCUGCUCAGGAUUCUGCUUCGACGACAGUCAUGCCUACGCUCAUUCCCCUUGAUAAUUUCUUGGGCGCGGCCUUCAUAGGUAUAAUACUCUCAACUAUGCUUUAUGGCGUGUCAUGUCUGCAGACGUGGCUGUACUAUACGCAAUACAGCAAAAGCGAUAGCUUGCGGUUGAAGCUCUUUGUUGCACUCGUUGUCGUCUUGGAUACCUUGCAUGUCGCGCUGAUAUCGACCGCGUACUAUCACUAUACGGUGACAAACUAUGGGGACUAUGAAAUACUUGACACAGUGACUUGGAGUAUUGCGGUUCAGAUAUCUUUCGGGGGCUUUGUGGGGUUGCUGGUGCAAUUAUUCUUUGCAACGAGGAUCUAUGUCUUGGGGAAGCGACGGCUGUUAUUUCCUGGAAUCAUCGGUUUACUUGGCAUCGUUGAGUUAGGCUGUUCCAUAGCGUACACCGCUGCUGGUUACAGCGAUCGCUACUUCUCUGUGUCUGGCAAGGAAGGGCAUGCCAAUGUAUACACGAGUACGGCACUGACUGCUAACAUUGUCUGCGACUUAUUGAUCGCGGGAUGUACCGUGUAUUACUUGCGGGAGGGUCGAACGGCUUUUUAUCGGACGAACAAAGCUGUCACUCUCCUGAUGACCUAUGCACUCAGCACAUGUGUUCUCGCCAUGUAA